GUUUCCAAGGCGACAGGGCGCCAAGCUGUGGCAGCCCAGCAACCGAGUGGGCGUGCAGCAGCGGCUACAUGAGCGCCGGGGUGGCGGCGGCCGGGCAGCGGCCCCCCAGCUCGGGGAUCCCGGGCUCUCGGGGCGCGUCGCGCCCGCGCCCCCGCCAGCCCGCGGUCGUCCAGCACUCCGGACAGCACGGCGCGCAGGCUGGGCUCAGCGAGGCGCAGAAGCGGGUCCUGGACCUGGAGAAGAGCCUGCAGUUCCUGCAGCAGCAGCACUCUGAGACGCUGGUCAAGCUUCACGAGGAGAUCGAGUACCUCAAACGGGAGAACAAGGAUCUCCAUUACAAGCUAAUAAUGAGUCAGAAGCCAAAGAAAGGCAGCAUUUCCAGUUCCAGCUUUCAUUCCAUCAAGUCCGUCUCAAAUUCGACGUCAGCUGAUCCUGGGCGACUCAGGCGUGGGUUCUCGAUGCCCACAGUGACCGCCUUGGCUGCUGUCAACUCUCAAGGCAAGGCCCGGACCCAGCUCAGCUUCUCCAAGAGGCAAGACUCGAAAGCUGAUGUUCCCCAGAAGAUGGACCUGGAAGAAGAGACCCCAGUUGCUGCCCUGUUCCACAACAGCAAGCUGGACAAAGCCCCAGGGAUGCAGGGGCCGGCCAAUGACUGUUCCAGAGAGGAAGAAGGGGAGACCUCCAGUGCAGUGGUGAGCUCCACGGCAGGCAACCAGCACAAGGGCAAGCAGCCCCCUGCGAUGAGCCUGCCUCCAUACCUACGCAAGCCCACCACGAUUCAGCAAUGUGAGGUUAUCAUCCGCCAGCUGUGGAACGCCAACCUCCUGCAGGCCCAAGAGUUGCAACACCUCAAGGCCCUCCUGGAAGAGAAUCAGAGACCCAAGGCUGCCCCUGAGGAGCCUGGGCCCAGCUCUCCCAAGGACCAGGAGGCCCUUCACCCAGGAGCCAUGCAGCUCCCCAAGGUCCCCACCAAGGGCGUCCCCAAGAAAUGGGGCUCUGCAGUGCCCGUCCUCUGCCCGAACAGCCUGAUUCUGAGCCCGAUGCCCGUGGCGGAGCGCUCCAUCCUGCCGGCGCUGAAGCAGACCCUGAAGAGCAACUUCGCCGAGCGGCAGAAGAGGCUGCAGGUGGUGCAGAACCGGCGGCUGCACCGCUCAGUGCUCUGAGGCCCCGGCGCCCAUUUGCGCCUGCACAGCAGCUCUCGGCCAGGCCCGUGACCAAGCCCCCGGCUGGAGAUCCUCACCCUCUCUAGAUAGCACUACCAGACAAUUCUCAUACGUUUAGGCCAACUGAAAUUCCAGAUAAACGAAACUCGUGGCAGAUAAAGUACUUGGUCUCAGAACUGGGAAACUGUUUAUUUUCUUGCUCAGUAUUUUGCUAUUCUGCGUUUACACGAAAACAUGUUAUGAAAGAAGUAUUGCCCUACCCCGCUGAAGACUGGAAAUAAAGCUCGUUUCUCCA